CGCCCGGCGUACCGUUCCACGCCUUCACCCCCUCCCUUUUCUCUCUUUCUGCCUCGGCCUCUCUUUUCUUUGCGGCGACACGUCAGGGAGAGCGGCGCCGCCCGUGGCUAGGUCUUUGUCGGGGCGCUUCGCCGGCGACGAGCAUCCGCCAGGUGCCCAGCCAUGUCGUCCAAUGCCGGGGCCUCCGUCGCUCCCAUCGGCGGCGGCGCUGCUCGUGCCCGCAGUCGCAGCUUCGGGAGCAGCAGCAGCAACGGCCGGGCCGCCGACGGCAAUGGCGCUGGGGUGUUCGUGAGGGCGGGGGCCGACAACGAGAUGUACGUGCGGGCGGACAAGAUCGACCUCAAGAACCUGGACGUGCAGCUGGAGAAGUCGCGGUCCCAGGUGUGGCUGGAGCACCAGCGGUCGCAGCGGACGGCGUCGCCGCGGCCGGAGACGCCGCUGCUCGAGUGGGAGAUCGACCUCGCCAAGCUCGACAUCCAGAACCAGAUCGCGCAUGGCACCUUCGGCGUCGUCUACCGCGGCACCUACGACGGCCACGACGUCGCAGUGAAAGUUCUGGACUGGGGGCAUGAUGGGCAGAACACGGCGGCGAAGCACCGCGAGGCCUUCCAAAAGGAGGUCGCUGUCUGGCAGAAGCUUGACCACCCCAACGUCACUAAGUUCGUGGGCGCUUCGAUGGGGACGUCCCAGCUGAAGAUCCCCAAGAAGGGGUCGACGACGUCCUCCUCCUCCUCCUCUCGCGGCGGUCGCGCCGCGCCCAACGAGUGCUGCGUCGUCGUGGUCGAGUUCCAGCACGGCGGCACGCUGAAGACGCUGCUGUACAACCACCGCGACAAGAAGCUUUCGUACAGGAAGGUCGUCCGGCUCGCGCUCGACCUCGCCAGAGGGCUGAGCUACCUGCACUCGAAGAAGGUGAUGCACCGCGACGUGAAGGCGGAGAACAUGCUGCUGGACCGGAAGCGGACGCUGAAGAUCGCCGACUUCGGCGUGGCGCGCGUGGAGGCGCAGAGCUGCGAGGUGACGGGGCAGACGGGCACGCUGGGCUACAUGGCGCCGGAGGUGCUGCAGGGGAAGCCGUACGACCACAAGUGCGACGUGUACAGCUUCGGCAUCCUGCUCUGGGAGACCUACUGCUGCGCCAUGGCCUACCCCAACUACAGCCUCGCCGACAUCUCCUACCACGUCGUCAAGCUGGGCAUCCGGCCGGACAUCCCGAGGUGCUGCCCGCGGGCGCUGGUGGAGAUCAUGACGCGGUGUUGGGACGGCAACCCGGACAACCGGCCGGAGAUGUCGGAGGUGGUGGCGCUGCUGGAGAAGAUCGACACCAGCAGCGGCAAGGGCGGCAUGACGCCCGUCGACGACGUCGCGCAGGGGUGCUCCUGCUUCGGCUUCAACCACCGCAGCGUCGCCUAGGCUAGCUCCCGUCAGCUGACACCGCAGUUAUUAAGUUAUUAUUAAUAAUAAUUAAGCUACAUACACACGUACUUAAGUAUGGCCGGCCAUGCCCAUGCCCCUCAUCUCGUCGGUCCGCCGGCGAGCAUCGAUCGAUCUUUUUCUUUGCAUGCUGUCGGUCGUCCCCAUCAUUGUGCGGAUGUGUUUAAAGCGCCGUGGACUUGCGUGUAACCUGUAACUCGUCUUGUGUUCUGUGGUCUGACGUAUAAUCUGUGUCGGCAUCCCAUUCUGAU